UCGAUGGCUUCAUAAGAAUAUGGCUGCCAUCAUGGCGGCGCUUCACGUUCGAAAAUUGGGAGUUUUCCAACCCUUCAAAGGUCUGCCAGUGCUUGUUAUACAAAGCCGAACAGCAGUGAAGAAGUCUGCAGGUCAUUCAAAGAAUCGUCAGCAUCACAAUAGAAGAAGAAAGGGUAAAGGUUAUGGACCAAGGAGGACGGAAGGAGAACGUGUCACACCAGGCACUAUGCUUUUGAAGCAAAGAAAGGCAGAGGUCAAAUAUCACCCAGGAUUAAAUGUUGGUCUUGGUAAAGACAAUACUUUGUUUGCAUUGGUGGAGGGAUUUGUGAAAUACAGCAGUGAGCGAGCUGAACCAUAUCAUUGGUGUCUGGGUCAACAAGGACCAGUUGAAGAAAAGAAAUAUAUCAGUGUUAUGCCAAGGGAGCCAUUUAGAGGACACAAACUUGUUCCAGUGUGUGAUGUAUAUAAAAUUGCUGACCCGUAACAUACUUAGUGACUGAAUGGUCCAAAGCUAUAGCAAUAUCUGUACAUUGUAGAUUGUUUACAGUGCAUUGUCAAACCUUUCUAAGAUGGAUAAAUAGGAUUGUCAACAUGUACUGAUCUUAAUCUUCUAAGAAACUGAGGGGAGGUUUUGCACAAAAUGGCUGAGAAGACCACUUCUUUCAGAAAGGGUAUCCUAUUGAAUUUUCUAAAAGAGAAUGUUGUCAUUAAUCAGAACUGUGCAGAGCUGUAAUUUUCUUACUUGUGUCUCCACUUUUCCAAUGUGAUUUUAAAUAAAAUGUACGUUCCACAGUCUGCACGACAA